AUGGGCGGUGCGGGUAAGACAACACUAGCUAAAGUGGUUUACAAUGAUGACAAGGUGAAGAACCAUUUUGGUUUGAAAGCUUGGUAUUGUGUUUCUGAGGCAUAUGAUGCUUUGAGAAUAACGAAAGGGUUACUUCAAGAAAUUAACUCAUUUGACUCAAAGGAUGAUGACAAUUUUAAUCAUCUACAGGUCAAAUUGAAGGAAAGCCUGAUAGGAAAGAAGUUUCUUGUUGUCCUUGAUGAUGUGUGGAAUGAUGACUAUAAUGAGCGGGAUAACCUGAGAAAUGUUUUUGUACAAGGAGAUAUGGGAAGUAAGAUCAUUGUAACUACAUGUAAGGAGAGUGUUGCUCAGAAGAUGUAUUCUGAUCGUUGCACAAUCAGUGUGGGGAAUCUGUAUAGUGAAUACUCUUGGGCUUUAUUCAAACGACAUUCACUAGAAAAUAGGGAUCAUCCGGAACUUGAAGAGGUUGGGAGAAAAAUUGCAGACAAAUGCAAAGGGUUGCCUUUAGCUCUAAAGACAGCUGUUGGUACUUUACGCUGCAAAUCAAAGAUAAAAGAGUGGAGAAACAUUUUAAGAAGUGAAAUAUGGGACCAGCGUUUUCUGAGUGAUAUAUUACCAGCAUUGAUGUUGAGCUACAAUGAUCUUCCUGCACAUUUGAAGCGAUGUUUUGCUUUUUGUGCGAUAUAUCCCAAAGAUCAUGAAUUUUGCAAAGACCAAGUUAUUUACCUAUGGAUUGCUAAUGGUCUUGUAAAGCAGUUUUGUUCAGGUAACGGAUACUUUGACGAGUUGAGAUCAAGAUCGUUGUUUGAAAGGGUCCUAGAGUCUGGAUCGAAAUCGGAGAGAUUCUUAAUGCACGACCUUAUCAAUGAUUUGGCCCAAACUGCAUCUUCAAAACUUUGUAUUAGGUGA